AUGGAGCGUGUUGGAAAAUACUGCCUAGUGCUCCGCAAAGUGUAUGAUCAGGAAGGAAUCAAUUCCUCUCAGUCUGUAUCCAUUCGAAAGAAGCUUAGACGCAUACUUUCUGAAUUGGACGAAUCAGAUGAAAAUACACAGGCACUAGAAUUAUUUUGGAAAACAGCGUACUAUGAGCCAUUAAUGAAACUAAGAAAACAAAAGAAUGUUGACACCAACUGGUUCAAUGUUAUGGUGUCAGUUUUUUGUGGAGAGCUGCAAAGUAUGCUGGCAGAGAGUGCGAGACAUGCUGCGAUGUAUAAUCUGUUCCUUGGAGAUCUGCACAGGUACCUUACCAACGCAGAGCAAUCAUCGCUGUCAGUCGUUUAUUAUCGCCGUGCCGUUGAAAUGGAUGCUGAUGUGGGACAAGCGUUCAACCAACUCGCUAUCAAUGAAACUCCCGUCAACUCUGUGAGGCUUUUCUUGCUUGCACUAUUGGCUCGGCGGCCAUUCCAGAAAGCGUGGGAUAAUCUGAAAAAGACGUUUGAACAAAAAAUCAACGACCCAAUUUCGUCCUUUGCUCUCUCGAUCCCAUUCAUAAUUUUGGUUUCUUACAGUAGAUCGAACUUGGAUAGUGAAGGCAUUCGACUGGUAGAAGCCAUCAAAUCUUUGAAUGACCCUCUCCUCAAUCUCCAGCUCUCUUCUUUGUUAUUGAUACUUUCGCUUAGUAGCAGGCUAGCUGUGGAAGGUGGAAACGAGGAUGCCUUCAUCGGUUGUGUUACCCUGUUGUGCAAUUGUUACCUACCUCUAAUCGAUAAAGUUGUUAUCACUCAAUCAGAAGAAGCAAAGGAUGAUGAUGAAGUGAUUCGCAUUCGUCGACGAAGAGUAAUUAGUGAGUCCGAUCAUGAAGAAGACUCCAGAAGUAGAGACAGCAGCUCAUCCGACCAGUCCGAAAGUGAACGUGAUGAUCUGCCCAGAGAACAAGAGGUGAACAUCCAAGGAGGCUGGAUCCUUGCGGCAAUUUGUGAGUGGCUUGUUUACAUUAGCCCUCAGUUGCACAGUCUAAAGAACAUGAAGAAAACCCCUAUCCCGGCUGCAUUCCUCAACGUGUUUCACUCGCUAAUUGAUAAACUAAUUCAUCAACUGAAUCAGUCCGCAAAAGCUAUGCGUACUGUAGAAGAUGCAGACGAGGAAAUUCAUUGGCUUCUAUUUGGUGCCAGCAUAACGGAUGAUACUCGUGCUAUUCGUCAGACAGCUCAUUGGGCUUUCAAGCUGUGUGCCGUUGAUACUGCACCGAUUGAAUUUGCAGGAUAUUUCCGAAGGAGAGGUCCAACUGCAGAGACGGUUGAGCUGCAACGGAAAAUGGCGCAGCUGCACACUGAGACAGUUCGCAAGGAGGCACUGAAUUCCCAAUGGAUGCCCGUCUACAUAGUGCUCGAUUACGAUGUGCUCCUUCAACGGCUUAAAACAGUUUGUCCGUUGGUGAACUCCUCCUCUCUGAUAGCCGUGAUACCAUCGUUUGUUUUACGGAAAUUAGAUGCCAAUAAGAAUUUAUGCGCUGAAGCUCGACCAGCAAUUCGAAUGUGCGAAAUGUGGCAGACACGUGGGCGUAUUCGUGUAGUGACAGCGUCAACACAUGCCGAAUGUUGUAGCAACUUGGCGGAAUCGGUCAGCGCAGCUGGUGACCUAACGGCAGAGUCACCUACACACGCUUUGGUAGCAUUAUUAGUGGAGGAUUUGGAGAGUUUUCACGAAAUGCAGAUUCCAUCGGUCGCCAUCUACCACAUUGAGAGUUUUUUCGAGCGCUGGAACAAAGGAUCGUCGUCGUCGGCUCGACGAACGCGUUAG